UAGGUGAAGCGUCUAGAUACGAGGAACCUGCAAGCAGCCAGCCUGUUGAAUAUAGUUAGCUUACGCGUUUUGCUUUGUCUGUUUAGAGAAGAAGAGGAUAUAUCAUUUGAAACAUUUGACAAUGAGAAGUAAACUUUUCUAAUGCUAUUAGACUUAAACAAUACGUGGUAAACGAAUCAAGCUGUUUGCCUAAACUGGAACAAUAACUUAGCUAGUGAAGGAGGGGUCAAAAACCUAUUUUCCACAAUGUUAAAAUUCAGCUUCAGGAGGGAGAAACACAAGGAGUUUAGGCAUAUAGCUCCUGGUUUGAUCCCUGCUGCCUCCAUUGCUCCAAAACCUGCUGUGCCUCGUACCCCACCCCCCCGCAGCCCAGACCCCUCACCUGAGAGACCCAGAUCAGCCUUAGCAGCAGCCAUCUUGUCUUCUUCGCUCACUGGACAGACAUGGGCCAUCCCUCCUGCCAGACCGAGGUCUUUCUCUGAGAGUGAGCCAUCAGAGUCCUUCAUAUCUGAACCAAGCAUAAGCAGAGCACUUUACACCAGAGACAGAUGGUCAGAAGAUUUGGCUAGCCAGCCACGCUUGUCUUCCCCUGACCACUCAGAGGAGGAGCUGGAAGACAAAGAAGAGGAGGUAGAGAAUGAAGAAGACAGGGAGGACCAUAUCUACCAAACACUGGACAGAGGGGAGACUGGGGAGACUGGGGAGACUUGUUCAGUCACAGAUCCUGUUUAUGCUCUGCCACUAAAACCUAAGACCAGAACACCCCAACCAACUCAGAUGUCUGGCAGAAGAAUGCCUUCUCCAGACUUCACUGAGGAAACCAGUGUCCAGUCUCCUGAGGCCAGCUGUGAUUUAUCUAAGAAGAAAGCCCCUAUCAGGAAGUGCUCUGGAAGUCAGAAAGAUGUACAAUCUCUGCUACCCAUCCUUACCACCGACCACCCCAGCCAGGCCAGUCAAACCAAAAACCCUAAACACCCCGGCCAGCCAUCUCCAGACCCCAGCAGGGCGAACAGUGAGGUACAGAAGGAGGUAGUACGGACCCUACCAAAGAAAGCAAGAAUGGCAGAUGAACAAAAGCUACUGGAGCAGAGACUGCGACGCUUGGAACAGGAGAUCAGUCACAGCCAAGCCUCCUCAGACCUGAGGUCACCUGCAGGCAGCCAAGCAGAGCUACGGAAUUUAAGGCAACAUGCUCAGGAGCUCGUGGAUGAAAAUGAUGCCCUCAAAUUAACAGUUCACCGUCUGAAUGUGGAACUGAGCCGCUACCAAACCCGCUUCAGACCAUUGUCCAAACAGGAGAGUUCCAAAAUCAGUGGAUUACCAAAAAUGGGGUCUCCUCCUCCUUGGCUGCUUGACAUGAAGUAUUUAUCUCCUCUAAUGCUUGCCUAUGAAGACAGGAUAAACGAGAAAGAUGCUCUUCUGCAAACCACAGAGGAAGAUGUGAAGAGGUUGCAUGUUCAUGUAGAGGAGGUGAUCAAAGAAAAUGAGAGACUCCAUGAUCAAAUUGGAAAGCUCAGAGGGAUCAACCAAAAGGACUGUCAUCAACUACAACAACAGGCCUUUCUGGUUUUGCAGGAGAACCAGGUUUUGAUUGAUCAACUUGAGGCUCAACAUGUUAAGGCCAAGGCCAAUCACAGUAGACACCACUCUGAAGUAUCCAAGGUGUCUAAGCAACUAAUGCUGUUAGAGACAGAAAAGCAGCAUUUGCAGGAGGACCUGGAAGAGAGCAGGAGGCUGUUGCAGGAAAAUAUGAGGGAGGUACAAGUUCUGCAGGCCCGCCUGAAGGAUGCUGUCACCUGGGAUGAACACUGCAACAUUGCUGGGAAACUCAGAGGGCAGCUGGAGCAGCAGGAGAACAGGAACAAGAGCAAGAUGGACGAGCUGCUUCUUAGACUGUCCAGUCUGCAGGAAGAGAAUAGGAAACUCGCUCUGGACAAAGCCAACCUGACUUCUGAUAUAAAGAGAAUGGAGGCUGAGCUUGAGCUCACCAGACAAGCCAACAGAAAGGCUGAGAGGAGGAUGAGUGUAUUGAAGCAGCAGAAGGAAGAUUGUGUGUUGAAGGAGGAAAAGACUCGGCAUUACCUGGGAGCGGUCAUUUCUGUGGCAGACCUCGUUUCCCAGGAGAGAGACCAACUAUUGCAAAUGGCUUCAGUUCUUCAGCAGGAAAAGCAGGGAUUCAUCAGCAGGAUUCUGCAUGGCACAGUUCGAUAUGGAAAACUACAGGAAGAAGUCAAAGUGCACCGGAGGCAGUCGUCAACCAGACUGGCAGCAUUGGAGGAGGCAGCAGAGGGGAGGACAGCUUCCUACAAGAGGGAGAUCCUUCACCUGCAGAGGCUGCUAAGAGAAAGACAGGAGGCUGAGGAGAGGCUACUGCAGUCCAAACGGGAAGUAGAGGAGGAGUUGGAGGUGGUGUGGCAGGCAGCAACCAGAGAAAACCGGCAGAUGAAGGAGACACUUUUGGACUCAAGACUCACUGCGGGCCUCCACGUAUGGCCCGUUUCUGGCAACGCCUCUCCUGGCUGGCCUUCUCAGGCUCCAGAUGAGACCACCUCAUCCACCCAGCCUCACAGCUCUGGGCCUCCCCUCUUCACUUCUCAUCAAAACCCUGGGCUCCAGAGAAGGUCCGUCUUUAAAUCUGACUCAGACCACCCAAACAACUCCUUGGAUGAAAAGCAUAAGCACGGGCUAGAUUUCUAUUGCUAAAACUCUUAGAGCCAUAACCCUGUAGGUGGGCUUUUACUGUGGACUAGUUUCAGUCAACAUGCUAGCCUGCAGACAUACAGUAUGCCAGCGGGAGUUUUCUUCACAGAUGAAACCAUCGUAAACUUGCAACGUUUUCUGAAACACUCACAACAGUUUUUAACUACAGUGUAGUUAUUUCUGACAUCUCUCUCAUAGAAGCAAAUAUGUACUGUAAAGUGGAGGCCGUAGUUUUUUAGGCAAGUUCGUUCAACACUUCCAGGGAAAACUUGAUUUGAGCAAAAGAUUUGCAGUAAAAGAAAUAUGAAAAAUUGAAAGAAUAAAAUGGGAAAAAUCAUAAAAAUCACCUAAUAACACAGCUCAGUUUUGACAAUGUGGCAAAAUAUACCUGACAUCAGUCUGGGUUGUCCGAAAGACUUCAUGAUUUAAUGAACAGUGAGAUUUUCAAAGAUUGUUGUAUGUUUUUUUUCUUUAAAUAUGUUCGUCUUUUUAAAUGAGCCUCGGGGUUUAACAGACCAUGCCAAGCAUAAUAGAUGAACAAUAGAAAAAAGAAUUGCAAAAUUUAGCUUGAUGAAGCCUAAAGAACAUAGCCAAUGGUACCAUCUGCUGGACACAUAUGGUAAUGGUAUUAACAUUGUCACAGUAGCAAUAUUACAUUGUACAGAAGCCACAGACAAGGAAAAACUACAGGUGUGAUUGUGUGUGUGGGGGGGUAUAGUAUAAGACAUGUCAUCUACACACUCUAUAAAUGUUUUUAUCACAGGAAAUAAAACUGACUCAUGUUCAAAUUGAUCAAAAUGACAUGUGUGAUUUAUCUGGAAGAGACUGUUGAUGGUAUUUCAAAGGAAUUAACGUAAAGUAAGUAUUUAUAUAUAUAUAUGGAAAUAUACAUGUAUUUUAUACAUGCUUGUCUAAAAUUUCAUAUGAUUUUUCCUUGUUAUCUAUCAGUGUAAAUUCUGAGGCAGGGUGUAAUUUACUG